UCUGCCUUUAACAGUAACCAUCUGUCUGGGACCAGCAAACAGACGCAACACCGGGGGCUGUAGGAAAAUUUCCUCCUUUUGUUUGGGGCCAGUUGGCCCCCUUUUAUUUAAUGUGCCUUCCCAGCCAACGCUGACCGUCUAGUACGGAUAUAGCCUGACCUUUUGUCGGUGUGGAGACCCCCAGCAUUUGGGCUGUUCUGCCACCAUGUCGGACUUCUGGGACGGAGCGCUAAGCCUGACGGCCAGGGGCCCCCGUCCUGCCAGGGGCCCCCGUCCUGCCAGGGGACAUGAUGAGGAGGCUGUCAUCGACCUGGGGAAGACCAGCUCCACCUUAAACACAAACUUUGAGAAGGAGGAGCUUGAAAGUCACCGAGCCGUGUAUGUCGGCGUCCACGUCCCGCUGGGCAGGCAGAGCAAGCGCCGGCACCGACACCGGGGCCACAAGCACCACCGCAAGCGGCGGGAGCGGGGGGGCUCCGACCGCGAGGACGGCCGCGAGUCGCCCACCUACGACACGCCCUCCCAGCGGGUCCAGUUCAUCCUGGGCACCGAAGACGACGAUGAGGAGCACAUUCCACAUGACCUCUUCACAGAGCUGGACGAGCUGUCCUUCCGGGAAGGGAGCACCUACGAGUGGAGGGAGACAGCCAGGUGGUUGAAGUUCGAGGAGGAUGUGGAGGACGGUGGCGAGCGCUGGAGCAAGCCCUACGUGGCCACGCUGUCACUGCACAGCCUGUUCGAGCUGCGCAGCUGCAUCCUCAACGGCACCGUCAUGCUCGACAUGCGGGCAAACACCAUUGAGGAGAUCGCAGAAAUGGUGAUCGACAGCAUGGUGGCGUCUGCGCAGCUGGACGAGGGGCUGCGUGUGAAGGUACGGGAAGCCAUGCUAAAGCGACAUCACCACCAGAGUGAGAAGAAGCUGAGCAAUCGCAUCCCGCUGGUGCGCUCCAUCGCCGACAUAGGCAAGAAACACUCCGACCCGCAUUUGCUCGAGCGCAACGGUCUCCUGGCGUCUCCACAGUCGGCUCCAGGAAGCCUAGAGAACAGCAAACUCAGCGAGUGUCGGAUCAUCAGUGGCAGUCGGGAGAACAGCACCGUGGACUUCAGCAAGGACUGCCACCCCUCCUUUCACUGUAGUUGUGGCUCUAAUGGAGGGAGCCCCAGGAAAGCAGCCGUGGACAUGAACUUCAUGAGGAAGAUCCCACCAGGCGCCGAGGCCUCCAAUGUGCUGGUGGGCGAGGUGGACUUCCUGGAGAGGCCCAUCAUCGCCUUCAUCCGCCUGGCCCCCGCCAUUCUCCUCACGGGCCUGACGGAGGUGCCCGUGCCCACCAGGUUCCUCUUCCUGCUUCUCGGCCCAUUUGGCAAAGGGUCUCAGUACCAUGAAAUCGGGAGGUCUAUCGCCACGCUGAUGACAGAUGAGAUUUUCCACGACGUCGCGUACAAGGCCAAAGACCGGAAUGACCUCCUGUCCGGCAUCGACGAGUUCCUAGACCAGGUAACCGUGUUACCGCCUGGGGAAUGGGACCCCAAGAUACGGAUCGAGCCCCCGAAGAACGUCCCGUCUCAGGAGAAGAGGAAGAUGCCCCCCCUGCCGAAUGGCUUGGUGGGGGCCUCGGAGGCAGAGAAGGAGGUGGAGCAUCAUACAGGGCCGGAGCUCCAGCGGACAGGACGGGUCUUCGGCGGCCUGGUGAGGGAUGUGAAGCGAAAGACCCCCUUCUAUUGGAGCGACCUGCGCGAUGCGCUGAGCCUCCAGUGCUUGGCCUCCAUCCUCUUCCUCUACUGCGCUUGCAUGUCGCCCGUCAUCACCUUCGGCGGCCUGCUGGGCGAGGCCACCAAGGGCAACAUCAGUGCCAUCGAGUCCCUGUUUGGCGCCUCUCUGACAGGUGUCGCCUACUCCCUGUUUGCGGGACAGCCUCUCACUAUCCUGGGCAGCACUGGGCCCGUCCUGGUCUUUGAGAAGAUCCUCUUCAAGUUCUGCAAGGACUACGGCCUCUCCUACCUGCCCCUGCGCACCAGCAUAGGCCUGUGGACGGCCUUCCUGUGCCUGCUUCUGGUUGCCACGGACGCCAGCUCGCUGGUCUGCUACAUCACCCGCUUCACGGAGGAAGCCUUCGCCGCUCUCAUCUGCAUCAUCUUCAUCUACGAGGCGCUGGAGAAGCUCUUCCAGCUGGGUGAGAUCUACCCCGUCAACAUGCACAGCCACCUGGACAACCUGACCUUCUACACGUGCACGUGUUCUCCACCUGUCAAUGCCACUGCUGAGGCUGUGCAGCGCUGGAAUCAGUCUGGCUUCACGACAGAAUCCGUUCCCUGGAGCGAUCUGGACGUGACAACAUGUAAGGAGUUUGACGGCGUGUUUGUCGGCCUGGCCUGUGGACACCAUGGACCCUACAUCCCAGAUGUGCUCUUCUGGUCUGUCAUCCUCUUCUUUACCACGUUCUUCCUCUCCGCCUUCCUCAAGCAGUUCAAGACCAAGCGCUACUUCCCCACAAGGGUUCGCUCCACCAUCAGUGACUUUGCAGUGUUCAUCACCAUCAUGAUAAUGGUCCUGCUUGACUACCUUGUGGGCAUCCCUUCUCCCAAGCUGCGUGUCCCCGACCGAUUUGAGCCCACCUCCAGCAACCGAGGCUGGCUCAUCUCCCCGCUGGGGGACAACCCGUGGUGGACGCUGCUGGCGGCUUCCAUCCCGGCCCUGCUCUGCACCAUCCUCAUCUUCAUGGACCAGCAGAUCACGGCAGUCAUAAUCAACCGGAAGGAGCACCGGCUCAAGAAGGGCUGCGGGUAUCACCUGGAUCUGCUGGUGGUGGCAGUGAUGCUGGGCGUGUGCUCCAUCAUGGGCCUGCCGUGGUUCGUGGCCGCCACCGUGCUCUCCAUCUCGCACGUCAACAGCCUGAAGCUGGAAUCGGGCUGCUCGGCCCCCGGGGAGCAGCCCAAGUUCCUGGGCAUCCGCGAGCAGAGGGUCACCGGCUUCAUGAUCUUCUUCCUCAUGGGCCUGUCAGUCUUCAUGACCUCUGUGCUCAAGUUUAUCCCUAUGCCUGUUCUCUAUGGGGUCUUUCUGUAUAUGGGGGUGUCAUCGCUGAAGGGUAUCCAGUUUUUCGACCGGAUAAAACUGUUCGGCAUGCCGGCGAAGCACCAGCCCGACCUGAUCUACCUACGCUACGUGCCGUUAUGGAAGGUGCACCUCUUCACCAUCAUCCAGCUCACCUGCCUCAUUCUGCUCUGGGUCAUCAAGGUGUCUUCGGCCGCCGUCGUCUUCCCCAUGAUGGUGCUUGCGCUGGUGUUUGUCCGGAAGCUCUUGGACUUCACCUGCUUCAGCAAGCGGGACCUCAGCUGGCUGGACGACCUCAUGCCCGAGAACAAGAAGAAGAAGGAGGACGACAAGAAGAAGAAGAAGAAGGAGGAGGAGGAAGAGGAGGAGGAGUCGGAGCCCAUGCUGGAAACAGACGAGCUCGACUCAGCCAGAAUCCGCUUCGGGGAGCAGGAUGUGCUUAAGCUCCCAGCCAAAUCUCUCAAAGACAGCUCUGAUCCUUCCGUCGUAAACAUUUCUGACGAAAUGGCCAAAAGCGGCGUGUGGAGAGCUGUUUCCUUUUCGACUGACAGUGCCAAAGGUCUGAAGCCUAGUGCAAGUCAGGAGAAGAUGCCUGUGAAGAUCAACAUUGAGGAUGAGACCAGAGAGAAGACGGUAGAUGCGGAGACUUCACUCUGAGCCACAGGAGGAGAAAGAUGAGAGCCUUGGGGCGUCAGCAGAGAGGAGGACCCCAGCCUAGCGGGGGCCAGUGCCAGCCAAGCCAAAGAAGGCCCCGGGGGGGGUGGACGGUGUCACUCAUUCUUUUAUUUAUUUUUUUUAUGGGCUUGAAUCAUAAUUUUACCUAACUUAUAGUCACAUUGUUUUUUAUUUGUUGUUAAUUUUAUGUGAAAUAUACAGCUUAGUUUCAGAUCAUCAUGCGGAAUCGACAGGGUUUUGUGUACACGUCCAGUAGUUUUGCGCAUGUUCCGUAUAAACAUUGUGUUCUGCUCUUCACAAAAAAAGAUGAGCGAAAGAUACACGCUGUUUCUUGCCAGUUCUGGUUUCUUAAAAGCAAGGGUACAAGGCAUUUAAUUACCAUAUUAGUUCUUCUAAAUGUUUCUGUUUCCUUUUUUUUUUUUUGUGAUCACACGGUCCAAAACUCGUCUUUUGCAGGCAAAGUUACCUUGUUAAAUCGGGCUUGCGGUUAAUAGCGAGAUGUCUGGUCAGCGGUGACCCCCAGAUAUCCUCCAGCAGGCCAGUAGUGAAACGUGCUGCAACUUCAAGGAACAGAAUAAUGGGCAUAGGGAGAGUAGGUACUGGAAGUGUCCUCGAUGACCAGCAGGUGGUGCAAAACUGCCAAUUCUGUGAUUUAUUGCAGAUCAUUUUUGUUGUAUGAAAUCUAUGGCUGCUCCAAGUUUCAAAAAUGAACCUCAGAAAUUAUUAUUAAUAUUAAUAAUAAAGCCCCUGUUUUUUACUAUUAA